GACAGGAAAUAAAUAAGAAUGGUGUGAAAAGCAUGUUUGCUUCAACAGACUUGCUAGCAUUUCAGAGUGGAUAUGUGUUAGGCAAUGAAUAUCCAUCAUCGAAUUGCGCCCCAUCACUGCUUAUUGGCCUGAUAAACAUGUUCAUGAUGAAGGAUCGCCCGGCCGGCUUUGUGGAUCCAAAGGGGAAUGUUUACCCGCAAUGCUAUUUGAAUCUUUGGUAUCCUGGUCAGAGCGUUCGAGUCGAACCAAACGGUGACAGUGCACAUAUCAUUCAGAAUGAAUCACCAAGACAGCAAAUCACUCAUCUUGAUGAGAAAUUUGAUUUCGCGGACAUAAUGGUUUAUCAAGCGAUUCAUACCAUCGAAUUUGCACUGGGCUGCAUUUCGCAUACCGCUUCAUAUCUCCGACUUUGGGCACUCUCGCUUGCACAUGCUCAAUUAUCGGAUGUUUUAUGGACAAUGGUUUUCCGACAAGCGUUCAUGUUAAGCGGUUAUGUGGGCGCUGUGGCCACUUAUGUCCUCUUCUUCGUCUUCGCUUUUCUUUCAUUUUCCAUUCUUGUUCUUAUGGAAGGUCUCAGCGCUUUUCUACAUGCACUUCGUCUGCAC